AUGAGACAGUGGAAUGUGCCAAAAAAGAUGAUGAACAACAUUCAAGAGUGCGUCAUUCGCAUUGACUGGGCCACCUUCUUCCCCCUGCCCCUACCCCAGCCCUUCCUUCAAUCCACGGUGAAUUCGCGUAAAAGUAAUUUGGAAACGUCGCGCGACAAACUAAAGGAUGAGCCCACGGCCAACACAUCGCAGGCGAGCAAAUUUGAUGAUACUAUGGAAAGUGCAACAACAACAACAACAACUGCGGCAACAGCAACAAACACAGCGAAACAUUACAAGACAGCGAGCAAACAAUACAAAAAUAACAACAACAACAACAACAACAACAAUAGCAACAACAACAAAGUGAGCAGCACGCGACGUGCAACAGCAGCAGCAGCGGCCGCAGCAGCAGCAGCAGCGGCAACAACUAAGAAGCAAACAUAUCGCAGCAGCAGCAUAACAGCAACAGCAGCAGCAAUUGACAACAAGAGCACGCGAGAUAAUAAACUAAGCGAGUUGCCAGCUAAAAUUGCCGACAGUAGCAGCAGCAACAACAUCAACAACAACAACAACAACAACCACCACAGUGAUAAUAGUAUUAGUGAGAAUAAUUAUGAGUUUAAGGCUAGAGAUAAAGCGAAUGUAAGUGAUAGCAAAAUGACGCUACAGCAUGUGGCAAGCAGCGCAACAAGCGUGGCCACAACAACCAACAACAGCAACAUCAGCAGCAGCAGCAACAACAACAACAACAACAGCAGCGAUGAUGCGGCCACAGCAGCAACAGCAGCAGCAGCAGCUGGCGACUGGAAAACUUCAAACAAUUUGCGCUAUUUGCACAAAAAGUUUAAGCGUUUGGCCAGCACCACCGAACCGGAAACGGGCGAUGCGGUGCGCACCACAUCGCUCUCAUCCAAUAGCUCGUUGUCGCCGCCGCCGCCGCUCUAUAAUGGACAUGUGACACAACAGCAGCAGCAGCAGCAACAGUCGUCGCAGCAGCAGCAGGCCGGGCCUUUGCUGCCGGCCAGCAAUGAAUUCAGUGCCAAUUUCGUAAAUGCCAACAACAACAACAACAACAACAGCCAUGAGGAGAGCAACAACAACAACAACAACAACAACAACAACAACAACAACAACAACAACAACAACAGCAGCAGUAAAAAUAUUGCUGUUGCUGGUGCGCCCAGAACACGUACACCGCUCAGCAACAGCAGCAACAUCAGCAACAACAGCAACUAUGCCAGCAAUGCGACACUGUCGCCAGCAACAUUCGCACAGCAUCAGCAACAGACGCAGCCAACAACAGCAGCAACAACAGGCACAACAGCAGCAACUGCCACACCUUUAGCAGCAGCAACAACAGUAACAGCAACUGGUCGUUAUGUUUGCCCGUAUUGCAAUCUGAACUGUGCAAAACCCUCGGUGCUGCAGAAGCACAUACGUGCCCACACAAAUGAGCGACCGUAUCCGUGCGAGACCUGCGGCAUUGCCUUCAAAACGAAGAGCAAUCUCUACAAGCACUGCCGUUCCCGUUCACAUGCGGCGCGCAUGCGCGGCUUCGAUGUGCCCGCCCAUGAGGCGGAUGGACUCUCCGAUCAGGAUGGCGACGGGGAGCUGAGCAACAGCAGUUCCGAGCUGCUGAGCCUGAGCCGCGCGGAUUCGCCAUAUGACGAGCCCAUGGCCUCGCCGACGCCUUCGCCAUCCACGCUGUCCGCCGCGAAGAGCGCGUACUUGCAACAGCCGCCGCUGCCGCAGCACAUGCAACAGUUGCCGCUGGGCUCGCCCGCCGCCGGAACACUGCCGCCCGCCACAGCCGACACGCUGCACUCGGCGACGGCGCAGCAUCGCCAGUCGAUUGACUACAAGCCGUACAAGCCCAAGUUUCACAAUGCAGCGCUCUAUGCGCCCGGCAGCAGCAAAGAGCAGCGGCAACAACAGCAGCAACAACAGCUGCAACAACAAAAGCUGCCGGCGCCGCAGCCAACGCUGGUGCAUCCCACGCUCUCGCUGAGCACUCAGCUGAAGCUCAACAAUCACAUCAACUCGCAUCAGGUGCAGCUGCAGCGACAGCUUCAGCAGCAGCAACAGCAGCAGCAGCAACAGCAGCAGCAGCAAUCGCUGCUGAUGGCUGCCGCAAAUCCUGCUAAUCCUGUUGUGCUGCCCGCGCUGGUGCCGCCGCCGCCGCUGCCCACGGGCGUCUAUUAUAUGGGACAGCCGCAGUAUUAUAAUCCGACUGCAGCUGCCAUACAUCAGCAUGCGCUCGCUCUGCAGUUCCAGCAGCACUUUCAGCUACAGCAGCAGCAACAUCAACAGUUCCAGCAGCAGCAACACCAUCAACAGCAGCAGCAGCAGCAACACUCGCCGCUGCUAAAGGCGCCCCAGCAGCAGCAGCAGCAGCAGCAACAGCCGCAGCAGACGCCGCCGCCUCCGCAGCAGCAACAGCAGCAGCUGGUGCGCUCCAAUAGUCAGCAGGCGGCCGCCAUUGCAGCGACAACAGCGCCGCCAGCCACGCCCACGCCCACAGCCAAUCUGGGCAGCUUUGCCAGCGGCAGCGGCGGCAUGCAAGUGAAUGUGGAAAAGGUACAGGAGCACAUCUCGAAGCUGAUCUCACAGAACGAGGCCAUAGUCGAAAACAAGGAGAUACUGCUGCAGAAGAAGUAUCCCAAGCAGCUGAGUCGCUCGCGCAGCUUCAACAAUGCCAGCAACAACAACAACAGCAGCGCCAGCAACAACAACAGCAGCAGCAGCAAUCACACGGCCAACAGCAACAGCAAUCAGACAGGCAACAACAGUCAGCAGCUGGGCGAGACGAAGGUGAAUCUGGCGCAGGCCAUAGUGCUCAAGCAGCAACAGCAGCAACAGCAACAGCAGCAACAACAGCUGCAACAGCAGCAACAAUACCAAAUGUACAUGCAACAGCAGCAACUGUUGCAGCUGGAGAGUGUCAAUGGACUGCUCAAGCGCAGCAGCAGUAGCAGCAGCAGCGGCAGUGCCUAUCCAGGACUUAAAGCCACGCCCACGCUGCCAGCAACGCCCACGGCGAAUGUGAAGCUGCAACAAUUGCCGCCGCCGCCGUCACCGUUGCCACUGCAAACGCUGCAAUAUCGUCAGGAUCCGGCAACGCCCGUGCCCAAGCUGGAGCAGCAACAGCAGCCGCUCAAUCACGCCCAGCCGCUUAAUCUGUCCGCCAAAACGAAGCUAGCCAUGCCCACAAAACCAGCAGCAACAGCAGCAGCAACAACAGCAGCAGCAGCAACAACUGUUGCUGCCGUGCCGAAGAGUACAGCAACAGCGGCUGCGCCGGCGCCGAACAAUUCAAUUAUCAAGAAUCUGUUGCUAAAUGCGCGCGGCCUGGCCGUGCCCAUUGGCGAGGGCGACGAUGCCGUCUACUCCUGCCCCAUCUGCGCCAACGAGUUCCGCAGCGCGGACGAGCUGAAGCACCACAACAGCACCUAUUGCCAGGACGCGAACAGCAGUGCGACAAUCAGUCCGGCCUCAUCGCCCAGCCGGAAAUACUUUCGCUCCAACUCAAAGUCGCUCAGCCUGCCGGAGCUCAUGUGCGACAUGGCCAACUCAAAGAAUCCGCUAUCCCUGGCCAAGCUCGCCUGGUCGCAGCUCAAGAUCAAGCCCAGCACCGUGGUGCUCAGUCGGCUCAGUGCGGCACAGUCGCCAGCGCGCACCUCGACUGCAACUGCAACAACAACUGCAGCUGCAGUUAGCAGCAGCAGCAGCAACAACCCGCCAGCAACAGUUGCAGCAGCAGCUGUCGUAAUCCCGCCCAGCAUCGAUGCCAGCGGCAGCGGCGGCGUCUCGCUGCGCUUUGUGGACGCGCCGUUGCCCUCGCCCGGCCCGUUGCUGGGCAAGACCCCGCUGGUGGACUAUGCGGCACCACGCAAAGCUCCGGAUGCCCAGGUGGUCAUCACCAAAAUGCACGAGGAUCGGCUGGAGAACAUCAUCAUUGAAUCGCCGCCAGCGAAGCGGCCCAAGCUGAGCGACAUCGCCAUCGCGAGCAGCCUGAGCGGCAAGGCGUUUGCGCUGCCCGCGGGCGUGCAGCUUUUCCUGGGCGGCAAUCAGGAGCUUCCUUUGUCGGGCACGUUUGGCGGCGGCAAGGAGGAGCGUUUGCGUCGCUUUACCUCGUCCGGCGGCAGCAUGAUACCCAUCUCCGAGUGCCCCGAGCUGGACAAGAGUCCCAAAAUGAUACGCACCCCCUUGCUGUCGGGCGGCAGCUUUAAGGAGAUGUCGCCGCGCCUCAGCGAGACCAAGGAGCGCAAAUUGCCGCUGCCCGUGCCCAACAAUGGCUAUCUGCUCGCCAGCAGCAGCAACAACAGCAACAACAACAACAACACGCCGCAACAUUUUCAGUUUCCGCCCAUCAGCUCGAUAACUGCCUUUAAUCCUCUAACGCUGCCGCCGAUGAGCAGCAGCAGCAGCAGCAGCGGCAGCAUCAACCAUGUUGUGGAUGCCCACAAGUCCAUACCGUAUGUGCCCGGCAUACCGGGUCCGGGCAGCCUGUCGCUGCUGCCGCCGCCGCCGCAGCAGCUGCACCUGCAGCCGCGCGGACGCAGUCCCAAUCGCAAGCAGCCGAGUCCCAAUUCCAAUCCUCUGCUGCUGGACGCGCCGCUCAAGGCGCUGUCGCCGUUCGGCGGCGUGCAGAAUUUACCCAGCGAGUUCAGUCGCCAGCCGCCGACGCCCGCGCAACGUCAGGCGCUGCAAUGGAUUGCUGCCGUGGACGUGAAGAAGGCACACUUCAAUUUUCUGCGCAUGGCUGACAACGUGAAGGAGCAGCAGCUGGCCCAAGAGGUGCGACACUUCAAUUUCGAUAAUGUGCACAAGACGCAGGAGGCGCUGGCGCCGCUGCACGUCGACACGCCCGAGGAGGCAGCAACAGCAGCGACAUCUGCAGCAACAACAGCAACAUCUGUAGCAGCAGCAGCAACUGCUGGCACGCCCAGCUCGGCCAAGUCGAAAUUCCUGCGACCCACCAGCCUGCCACUCAAGCCGGGCACCUUUACGCCCAAGCGUCAUCAUGGCAUCACGCCGACAGCGAAUACCCUGCCCCUGAUCUCGCCCGAAACGCCGCGUCCCUCCAAGUCGUGCGUGCAGCUUUAUUUGAACGGGCACGCCUACACGUAUCUGGGUCUCAAGUCCAGCACAAAGAUGUUUUACUGUACCGUGAACUGUCCGCAGCCGUCGUAUGUCGCGGGCAUGCACAAGCUGUCCAUGUACAGUGUGUGGCAGGUGUGCGAGGAGAAUCAGCCGCAUCCGUUGGGCUUCAAGCCCAGACAGGUGAUGGCCCUCUACGAUUCCAGGCAGAAAAUGCUCGGCUACGGCUCGACCAUGUCGAUGGCGGGCACAGGCGCCGGCAAGCUGCACUACGCCCUGGUCAGCUCACAGCAGACGAUCAGCAGCUGCUCGACGGCGAUCAAUAGCCAGAACAAGUUCUAUCAGCAUCAGCCGAAGCAGCCGCCGACCUCGAUCGGAGCGCUCAGCGAGGCGAAUGUGGCGGCCAAGGCUAGCGAGGAGGAUGCCGCCGCCGCCGCCGCCAAGAAGCUGGAGUCGGGCCAACUGCUUGUCGGUGGCUAUGAAUCGCAUGAGGAUUACACAUACAUACGCGGACGUGGACGCGGCCGUUAUGUGUGCUCCGAGUGCGGCAUUCGCUGCAAGAAACCCUCCAUGCUCAAGAAGCACAUACGCACACACACAGACGUGCGUCCGUUCACCUGCAGCCACUGCAAUUUCAGCUUCAAGACCAAGGGCAAUCUGACCAAGCACAUGCAAUCGAAGACGCACUUCAAGAAGUGCAUCGAACUGGGCAUCAAUCCGGGUCCCAUGCCCGCUGAUGGUGAAUUUCUCGAUGUCGAUGUCGAGUUCGAUCAGCAGUCAUCAACAUCCGCUGGCGGACGCACCUCAUCCAUGGCCGGCGAGUCCGAUUCCGAUGAUUACAGCGACAACGAAUCCGAGAGCAGCGACACCGACGAGUCGAAGUCGCGCAUGAAGGAGCACGAGGCGGCGCGCGGCCUGCUCUCGCUGUCCAUGACACCGCCCAUACCGCAGAGCGUAUCGCCCUAUCCCGCACAGCUGUCGGAGGCGCCCGGUCCGGCGGCCAGUCCGGCGAACAGCAUUGGCUCCUCGGCGGGCAGCGCCGCGGGCGGUUCGCAGCCAAAGCGUCAGGUGUGCUCGUUUACCUCGCCGAAGCCGCCGUUCGACUACCAGAAGCAGGAACAGUAUUACUCCAAUCCGGAGGAGUCCAAGCCGAAGCGUGAUGUGCCCAACGAUGAGAGCAGCGCGCCCAUGGAUCUGACCAAGCCGCGUUCCAUGCAACACAUUUUACCCGCUGCUGCCGCUGCUCCCGCUCCCGGCCAGCCGUCGGAGCAGACGCUGCCCAAAUCGCAGGCACAGCAGAUGCGCGAUGUGAUCUUUGGUGCCGGCAACAACGAAAGCGGUUUCAUGAAGACGCUGAUUUCGGUGUCCGACAAGGUGCGCAUCUCCGCCGAAAUGGAGGAGCAGGCAAAGCGGGACAGCGAAGGCGACGAUCUGCUGCUGCAGACCUACAUCAAGGAGCAGGCGCUACAGCAUGCCAAAAUGAAGCAGAGCCAGUUCAGUCGCAGCUACCUGGUGAUGACCAGCACCAGCACCUGCACCACAAGCACUAGCAGCAGCAGCUCUGCCGGCACGCCCAUUGUCAGCAGCAGCGUCGGCGGCAGCCUGCCGAAGCCGGCCAUCAGCAUCACGGAGCUGCCCAGCAUUGAGGUGCACGAGGUGCAGGAGGUGCAGGUGAAGCCUGAGCCACCGACCGUGGUUCAACUGCAGCUGCCCGAGGAGAGCGAGCCAUCCGAGGCACAGGUGGAGCGCGAGCAGGCAACCAUAGCACUUCCUGCCGCUGCGCACGUCGCCAAAGCCAGCACGGAGCUGGCCAUGCCGCAGCCGCCGACGCCGCACAAUGCCAAUCUGCCCGCUGCAGUGCAGCAGCCGGAUGCCACGGAUUUUAGCGGUGUGCUAAGCAACAGCAACAGUAGCCUGGCAGGAGGCAGUGCAUCCGCGCGCACUGUCAUCGUCGGCGAGGAGGGAUUCAAGGCGACGCCACCAACGAGCAGCGCCGCCGAACUCCAAUCCAUCCCUGCAGCAGGUGCUCCUGCUCCCGCUGCAGCUGCUGCCGCGUCCGCGCCUGGCAGCUAUCCCGGCCGUGUGGUGCCGCCGCCACCGCCGCCGAUUGCCAGCGAUGCACGGCCCACGUGCAUCAUAUGCAGCAAGACGUUCCAGCGACAGCAUCAGCUUACCCUGCACAUGAACAUACACUAUAUGGAGCGCAAGUUCAAGUGCGAGCCGUGCAGCAUCUCGUUCCGCACGCAGGGUCAUCUGCAGAAGCACGAACGCUCCGAGGCGCACAAGAACAAGGUGAUGAUGACGUCCACGUUUGGUGUGCCGACCACCUCGAAUCCGCGUCCGUUCGAGUGCACCGAUUGCAAGAUCGCGUUUCGCAUACACGGCCAUCUCGCAAAGCAUUUGCGCUCCAAGACGCACGUCCAAAAGCUGGAGUGCCUGCAGAAGCUGCCGUUUGGCACCUAUGCAGAGAUCGAACGCGCCGGUAUCAGCCUAACCGAGAUCGAUACCAGCGACUGCGAGAAUUCGCUAAUAUCGCUCAAGCUGCUUGCACAGAAGCUGCUCGAGAAGGAUCCGAAUAAGCUCAGUGGCUAUACAACGCCCUCGGGCAUGCUGCAGCUGGCCACAGAUACGCCAGCUGCCGGCCAGGACAGCGCCAGCGAGGAUGGCUUCAGUGCGGCAAACAGUGCCGCAGCCUCGGCCAUCGCUUCGCUGGACAACGACAGCGCAGGCAAUACGCCCAAGCGCGCCAGCUCCAUGUCCGAGGAUGAGACGCUCACCAACGGCCUGAGCCACGGGCACAGUCUCAAGCGUCGUCUGCCCGGCAGCAGCUUCAGCAGCAACGGCGACGAGAGCGACAAUCCCCUCGAGACGACCGGCGGCAGCAAUAGCAUCGAGAAGCGACCGAGGAGCAAUACAAACGAAUUGUCGCUGCCGGUGGCGACGGCCAGCAACUGACAGUACAUGUACAUGUUGCAGCCCACCUGAGUGUGGCCCCAUCACUACCAGGCCUACCAGUUAUGGCCAACAAAUCCAAAUCCAAAUCCAAACCCGACCCAAGCCCAGCCACAGCAACAAGCUAGGAGCAGCAGCCGUGGAUGCGGCAAUGACCAAAACAUCAACGAGCGCAUAUCAAAUGUCUAAGCAUAUCGCAUUUGGGCACACAACAAUGUAAACUCUACACACACACGCACACACAUACACACGCACACGCACACACUCGAUUGGCUACUCUUGCAGCACCUGACCUUAACCCCAGGUGUAAGCCAACGAGCUGGCAGACUUUAAGUGCUUGAAAAGCUGUCAAUCAAAACAAUGUUGAUAACUGGCAAACACUUUGAGCUCCUAUCUAUGAGCUAUAGCUACUCACUACAGGUGUGCAGGUGUGUGUGUGUGUGUUUGUGUGUGUGUGUGUGGGCAAGUCAAGCAUAUGUACAAUAUACAUAUACUAUAUAACGUAUAAAGCAACAGUUGCUUGCAACUUAAGUAUUUAGUUUAGUUUAUUGUCAACUCUCAGCUACGAAAAGUUGUUUAAACUCGUCUAUA